AUGCCGACUCUCGACGUCAGUGAGCUCAAUAUCGUUCUGGGCGUCCUAGGUGCAUUCAUUAUUCUCUUUGGCAUCAUCUCAGUGAAGAUUAAGCAGGUGUGGUACCUAGGGGAAGCUCUACCUGCCGUUGCUCUUGGAGUUCUUAUGGGACCCAUCGCAGCAAAGUUCCUAGACAGCGAACGAUGGGGCUCUGCGGAAAAAGGCCAGACGAACGAGAUCACACUGGGUGUGACUCGUGUCAUGAUUGGUUUGCAACUAGUCAUUGCUGGAUACCAGUUGCCCGCCAAAUACAACUGGUACCAAUGGAAACCAAUGGCGCUCUGCCUGCUACCCAUCAUGGCUGUCAUGUGGCUCUGCACAUCUCUCUGCAUGCUGGCCACUGUGCCCAAGAUCACGCUUCUGGCAACCCUCGUCAUUGCCUCCUGCGUCACCUGCACUGACCCUAUUCUGUCGCAAGCCGUUGCCAAGGGUCCCUUUGCGGACAAGUACGUAGCCCGUCCGCUACGCGAAAUCAUCUCCGCCGAGGCUGGCGCGAAUGAUGGCUUUGGUUUUCCAUUUCUGCUGCUUGCCGUGUACCUCAUUCGCCAUGCCGAGAACCCUGGCGAUAGAGCGGGUGGUGCUGUUGUGGCAGCGGGCGGUGAAGCAGUCGAAAUGAUUCUGGUUCGCGCUGGUGGGGAAGUUGGUCGAAUGGGUGGCGGAGUCGGCGUGGCCUUGAAGAAUUGGUUCCUUGAAACUUGGCUCUACAUCGUCCUCCUUUCUAUCGUAUAUGGCGCUGUUAUUGGCUAUGGCUCCUCCAAGGUCGUCAGAUACGCCCUCAGGCGAAAAUGGAUCGACAGCGAGUCGUACGUUCUCUUCCCUGCUGCACUUGGGUUUUUCCUCAUCGGGACUUGCGGCGCAAUCGGAACCGACGACCUGCUUGCUUGUGCCGUGGCAGGCAAUGCGCUAAACUGGGACGGCGAGUAUCUCGCGGAGACCAAGAAGCGUCAUGACGAGGUCAAUCCGUGCAUUGAUGUCUUGCUCAACUUUGGCGGUUUCAUGUACAUUGGCACAAUCAUACCAUGGUCCGAGUUUAAUGAUCCCGACGGCACUGGCCUUACAUACAGCCGUCUCGUUCUUCUUGGCAUUCUCGUCCUGCUGUUCAGGCGCAUUCCCGUCAUCUUGAUCAGUUACAAGCUGAUGCCAGCCGUUUGCAAGAACUGGAAAGAAGCACUGUUUAUGGGGUACUUUGGGCCGAUUGGCGCUGGCGCCGUCUACUACCUCGAGCAUAGCAGGCACCUGUUUCCGAAGAUUGGAGAAGGCGAUGAGGAACAGACCAACCUCAUCAGGGCCAUCGGGCCUGUCGUGUACUGGCUGGUGAUAUUCUCCAUGGUAGUACACGGCUUGUCUAUUCCGGUGCUUGACCUCAUCUAUACACGCAUGGGUAUCAAGCCCAUUCAGGAGGACGCGAUUGAGAUUCGCCGCGUAUCCAAGAGCAUUGCGACGCCAGUGAAUGCAGUACCUUCAGAACAGGGCACAUUUGUUGCAUACAACCGAUUCAGCCGCCCAAACGCUGAAAAUUCGCAACUGCCCGUGGUACGCGAUGCACCCGUCGAAAAAAUGUAUCGUACGAACAGCUGUGAUGAAACGGACAGGGAGCGCCACCGCACAAUUCGUUACGCCGAGGAUGAGAGAAUAUAG